UUGUGGGAACCAUCAGUCCGAUAAAAAGACGUCUUUCAAACGGAUCAGGAUCGUUGCCCUAAUCAGACCCUCUUGUUAGCAAACACGAGCGUUUUCGACGAUGGGACGUAAGCGGCGCUCACUGGAAGUAUUUGUUUUUGGGUGGUUGUGGCCAGAAUUAAAUACCGAGUUUUGAUUCUGGUCAGCGACUUUUUCCCAUUUCUGCCAACUCAAACAUGUAGCUGCUCCAGUUUCUGCUAUUCCGUGUGCAUCGCCGUGUCGGGAAUCUCGUGCGUGUGUGUCGUAACCUGAAACAUAACGUCCUCCGUCAUUUGCAUGCCCCGCUCCCCCAUUUGGCACAAUGCCCUCCUUUUCGCCUCGACAAGCGUUCUUCAUCAUUCGCAACAUUUUUCUGUUGUACUGUUGCCUUAAACGUCAUCCUGUUCUUCCGCCUCAGGGUGCAGAUGGCCAAGCCAUAACGCAUACAGAGAUUGCGGAAAACGUGCCAGUUACUCAAACGACGACUCCACGACCGCACAAACCUCCAAAAACGCGAAGUUCAAGAGGUCCGGCACCUCCUAUCCCCAACGAGGACCAAAUCAUUCUAAAUCCGGUGCGGUUCGGUCACUUCCUUCAUCCAGGAGGCGAGCCCAUUUUCCUAGAAGAAGAAGUCUUUCGAGAUUCGUCUCCUCUAACGUCUGCUUCUUCUUCGUCUCUUCCACGUGAUCUUCCAGGCCCCGUUGCUUCCGAUACCUCUUCUGAUGACAGCAACGCGUCUCCGGAUGUCAUCCACAGUGCAGACGCAAAUACACAGGCGCAUGCUUCUUCCGGAGAGACCGCUGGACGAGCAAGUCUCUCGUCUGACGAUGCUGCCACAGUUAAAAAACAUUUGCCUCGUCCUCCUGUGUCUGGGCAUGUGACCUUUGUUCAAGGGGAGGGUAUCAGCAGUCCUAUGGACGCACACGAGGAGAGUCACUCUAGAUCGUCUCUGGCAGACGGCCAAGGAAACAUGCACUCGUCUGACUCAAACGACGAGGCGGGAGCCACACCUAGACCAAGUGACUAUGAGGGGCCCGGUGCACUUUCACCCCCGGAAGGGAAGAGAGGGAGAGCAGGAGCAGAACAUGAAUCCGACGACUCUACUCUUCUCCCGGCACCGGUGACCGAAAAACCAGGAACACCGAUAGAAAUGGAGAGAGAUGACCCGAGAAGGGAACCUGAUGAUAUUUUUAUAGACGACCCGAUUUUCGGAGACGAAAAAACGUACAACUCUGCAGGGGAACUCAUAGCUGUCGGCAACACGAGUGUGAAGAAACAGACACAAGCCGGAGACGAACGGGAAAAGCAAUCAGACCAAGCAGCCAGAAGAGAUGGAUUGAGUCCAGAGGAUCAAGAGGACGGUGCAGCGGGACCCCUGGGACCUGCUCCUAAUCUGGGGUCUCCGUUGAAUGCACUUGCCACAAUCAUCGAGGAGGGUUGCGUUCAUUUGCCUGCGACAUAGGGAUGAAGCACGGAGAUAUGAAGCUGAAAAGAAUUAAUUUGACAGGGUCAAAGACAGCUCUACAACUUAGUUGCAAAGCAAAACGAUUCCUGUGGACGGGAAGAGAAUACCACGCCACUUUUGGCUUGCACGAAAACUACAUGUACACGCGGAAAAUCUGUAAAACAAAAGGGAUUCCUUUAUCAUGACUACGGAGAAUAGUCGCGUUAAGUGCAGACACCGCGCUGUCAGUUCCAUGAACCUAGUAGAUCAGUUCGGAUAAGAAACAAAGAUGUAUAUUUUUCUGUGCAGGAGCAUGCUUAUGCACGUAUGUACAUAUAUAUAUAUAUAUAUA